AUGGCGUCGGCAAUUGACAUCACAGUAAGAUGUGAAACCUACCCGGGUAACAUCAUCAACGGGCAGUUUGCCCCUACUGAUGUGACUCGGCAUACCGUUGACCCCGCGACUGAGGAAUCUCUCUAUGAGGUCCCCGUGGCCACGAAGGAACAACUUGACGAUGCUGUGAAGCACGGCCGCGAGGCGUUCAAAAAAUGGAGUAAAACGACCCAUGAGGAGAGGUCCAAGCUGCUGCUCGCGUAUGCCGAUGCCAUCGAAAAGGAACGCGGGAGCAUCGAAAAGCUGCAGACAAUGGAGCAGGGAAAGCCUGUGGGCCUUUCGAACGUGGAGGUGACCAUGACUCUGACUUGGUUGCGAGCUUUUGCCACCAUGGAAGUGAAAGACGAAGUUCUCGAAGACGACGAUGAGAAAACCAUCUACGCCACGUUCCCUCCUCUUGGCGUGUGUGGUGCCAUUGUUCCGUGGAACUGGCCCAUUCUACUGGGUCUGGGUAAAGUCGGGCCUGCGCUGAUGACGGGCAAUACCAUCAUCAUGAAGCCGUCGCCAUACACCCCGUACUGCGACCUCAAGCUGGGUGAGAUAGCCAUGUCUGUUUUCCCACCAGGCGUGUUUCAAGUUCUCAGCGGCGACGACAACCUGGGACCAUGGAUGACGGCCCAUCCGGGGAUCGACAUGAUUGCGUUCACAGGAUCGAUCCAAACCGGGAAGAAGGUGGCAGAGAGUUGCGCAAAGACUCUCAAGAGAUAUCUUCUCGAACUCGGCGGCAACGAUGCUGCUAUCGUCUGUGAAGAUGUUGACAUUGCGAAAUGCUUGCCCAAGAUCGCGACCAUGGCGUUCCUUAACUCAGGUCAGAUCUGUAUGCUUGUCAAACGUCUUUACGUCCACGAAAAGAUCUACGACCAAUUCCGCGACGCCAUGGUUGAGUUCACGAAGAACAACAUCAAGACCGGUGGUGGUUUCGAGCCUGACGUUGUCGUUGGACCACUUCAAAACAGCAUGCAAUUUGAGCUCGUCAAAGACAUGUAUGCUCAAAUCGACAAGUGUGGUUGGAAGACCGCCUUAGAGGGUUCCGUCCGCGAAACCUCCAAGGGGUACUUCGUGGAGCCGGUGAUCAUCGACAACCCGCCCGAAGACUCACGCAUUGUCAAGGAAGAGCCAUUUGGCCCUAUCGUUCCACUGCUCAAAUGGUCGUCCGAAGAUGAUGUUAUUGAUCGUGCGAAUGCUCUUGAGACGGGUCUCGGCGCAUCGGUCUGGAGCAAGGACUUGGAGCGCGCGGAACGACUGGGCCGAAACUUGAGCGCCGGCAGUGUCUGGAUCAACUCCCACUUCGAUACUUCACCUAAGGUGCCCUUUGGAGGACACAAGGAGAGUGGCAUGGGUAUGGAAUGGGGCAUUGAAGGAUUUAAGCAGUAUACCAACAGCAGGAGUCUGUGGGUGUGGAAGAAGGUGUUUGACUAA